AAGAGUUUAUUUAAUGAAGAAUGGCUUGAAUCACUCUAUAAACGGUAAACAAUUUGUUCAAGCUCUGUACUGAAGCAAUCCCAGGAUAAAGUAACUCCUGGACUCAUGCCUUAAACUGAACUCGCAGCUCACGACAGUGGAAAUGCGCUCCUUCCUCUGUACUGCCUGCUAGCAGCCAGGAAACAAUCCCACUUGCAGUAUGAUGCUGAGAAAAGUCGUCAGUGGGAUGCAAAGCGUGCAGUGCGCCGGACUCACUCACUGAACGGAGGAGAAACAGUAAGGUGGGUGCAGGGCCACUUGUAGCAGAGACAAGAAAUGGCACAUCAUGUCACCUACGGCAACCCCAUGCUGAGGUGUUCUUCCUCUUACCAAUUGCAACCAGAGUUUGGCCACCUUGAGGACACUAUUUCUUUAUGAGUUCAGAUUUACGUGGGAGCUGGCAUGGAAUCUGUUCUGCUCGCUCCAAAGUAAAUAGCAAUCUCUCACUUUAGCGGCAAUACAAUUAGUUUAAGUGUUGCAUCGAAUAAAGGAUUUAGGGACUAACAAGAGCUGUAAUGCCUGGGUUUUAGGCAACUGGUCACCACUGUCACCAGGAAAAAGGCAAGUUUACCUGCUGGCAAUGGCAAAUGCCCAGCACUAUAAUCCAGAGCUCAGGUAACUGAUCCAAACUAGUCCUUACCACCCAGAUCCAGUGCCCGGAACACAUGUUGCAGAGGGAAGCCCAUGUCUCUUCUUUGACAGUGUGACUGUUGAAGGAGGGAAGGGUGGCCAUCAGAGUGGGACAGGCCACUUAGCCACAGCUGAGUGGUUACAGCAUGUGAAAUUUGGUUCCAGCCUUAUGAUGGUGAUGGAGAGGCCAAACCACCUAGUCUCUCCCCAGGCUAGCUCUAACCUUAAUGCCAUAGGGAUGGAGCUAUCUUUGCUCCUCUUUGAAGCUGGGCCAUGUGCUGGGCUGGACUGCAGGAUCCAACCCCAGAGAUGGGGCUGAGGGGAGGGAAGCUCAUUUUUUCUGGCACUGCUCGGAAAAAGUGGUUUUGACACCUCUGCCACUUGGCAAUGACAGGAAGAAGCACAGCGUGCUCUGAGGCACACAGAGAGGUACAGUUGAUGCUAGUCUGAGCAAGAGGUCAUACUGCUGACUGGAGGAGCCCAGGACAGUGCCGACAGCCGGGAUUGCAGUUCUUAGCAAAGGCAGAAGCAGCAGCUAGGCCAGGCCUGGGACCACACCCUGAGCUGCGCUGAGUCCCAGCAUCUAAUUUUGUCUAAUCCCUAAUUGCUACCAAAACACCUUCUUUUCUUCUCGUGAUGUGACUGUAGAAAAUCUGAAAUAAAUGUCAUAUUUUUAAAUUUUGCUUGAUAGAGCAAAAACGACGACAACAAAGCAAGAGCGUUCUGAGUUGCUAAAGAACAGACUCCUUGACGCCUGGGGGUUUUGCAGCCCCGGUUCCCCCGGGGCGCCGGAAAGCCCGGGGGGGAGCUUGGAGCAUCGCACCCGCAUGACCCUCGCCAGCCCUCCCGGGGCGGGCGGAGAUGCCAGGUUUAAGAGUAAAAAAGCGCCAUGAGCAGGAGAGAAGCGAGUGCAGGGCGGGGGCGAGGCUGGAGGGUAGCGGGGCCGGCCGGGGUGCGAGCUGCCCGGCGCUUCCCUGCCUCCUUCCCCCCCGAGCCGGUGUCAGGUAUUGCGAGGAGGGGUAGGGGCCCGGGGAGGAGAUGGCUGGAGGCUUUCCAGCCCCGGCUCACGCAAUGCAAACUCCGCACGCAACGGGGAGGCGACAGGCGGAGGAGGGGAAGCUCUCCGGCUUCCUCAGCCCCCAAGAUGCAGGCGAGACUUUGCCUCCCGACAGAGAGGGCUGCGAGCCCGCCCGCCACCCCGCUCCCCUCGCGGCACCUCCUCCGCUAAAACUUUUGGCCCCGGCCAUAAAAGCAUCCGCGGCUCAGCCGCUCCACUUGGCGAGGGCCCAAGGGCAGCUGGCAAAUAGCUGCGACCCCUCAAGCCAGGGGAAGGGCCAGGCAGCGGCGAUUUGUUAGCGGGGCUAACUGCGGCACGCCCGCACCGCACCGCGCACCGCGGAUGCCGGCGGAUUUAAAGCCGCGAGUACCAAUGCCAGGCGCCCAGCCGCGGCUGCUCCGGCUCCAGCUCAGCCUGGGGGCAGCGGCCCGUCCGCCCCGCGCCCUCUGAGCCGCUCGCCUUCACUCCUUGCAGCGGGCUGGGGUGGCCUCGUCCCGUCCCCGCAGGCCAGCAGGGAGGUGGGUGGGAGAGGGCGGCAGCUCGCUCGCUCCCGGUCCGCGGAGCCGCACCGGGCAGGUGGCUGCCGGCGGGGCGAGCUCCGAAGGGUUAAAGCGCUGGGAAGGUGAUAAUAACUCUGCACUGGGAUCGGGUGUAAUUGGCAUUUGCCUGCACAUGACCUGCCAAGCUCCGGGUGACAGGAACCGGGGCUCCUAAUGAGUUUCCCAGAGGUUGGGAUCUGAACGUCGCCGCUCUCCUCCCGGGGCCGCCCGUUAGAGCUGCCGUCGGCUGCCCGGCUCCUCUCCAUCCUCCCCGAGGUCUCCGAUGGAAGCGGCGUGCAACAGCAUGGCCCUCGAGAGGCUCGGGGAAGCCCUGCGCGGCAUCCCCCCCUUGCAAAGCUCCCUGCUACUCCUCCUCUGCCUGCUCGCCGCCAUCCACCUGGGCAAGUUCCUCCUGCAGCAGCAGCAGCGCCGGCGGCAGGGCCAGCGCCGGGCGCCGCCGGGCCCCUUCCCCUGGCCUCUGAUCGGCAACGCGGCGCAGCUGGGCAGCGCCCCGCACCUCUCCUUCGCCCGCCUGGCCAGCACCUACGGCGCCGUCUUCCAGCUGCGCCUGGGGCGCUGGCCCGUGGUGGUGCUGAACGGGGAGCGCGCCAUCCGCCAGGCCCUCGUCCGCCAGGGGGCCGCCUUCGCCGGCCGCCCGCCCUUCCCCUCCUUCCAGCUGGUGUCGGGCGGGCUCAGCCUGGCCUUCGGCGGCUACUCGGAGCUCUGGAAGCUGCACCGCCGGGCGGCGCACGCCACGGUGCGCGCCUUCUCCACCGGCAGCCCCGCCACCCGCCGCCUGCUGGAACGGCACCUGGUGGGCGAAGCGCGGGCGCUGGUGGCGCUGCUGGUACGCGGCAGCGCCGGCGGCGCCUUCCUCGAUCCCUCGCGCGUCCUGGUGGUGGCCGUGGCCAACGUGAUGAGCGCCCUGUGCUUCGGCCGCCGCUACAGCCACGGUGACGGCGAGUUCCUGCGCCUGGUGGGGCGCAACGAGCAGUUCGGGCGGGCGGUGGGCGCCGGCAGCCUGGUGGACGCGCUGCCCUGGCUCCAGCGCUUCCCCAGCCCCGUGCGAGCCGCCUACCGCGCCUUCCGCGACCUCAACCGCGACUUCUAUGGCUUCGUCCGCGGCAAGUUCCUGCAGCACCAGCGCAGCCUGCGCCCGGGGGCCGCCCCCCGCGACAUGAUGGACGCCUUCAUCCGCCUGCAGCGGGAGCAGCCGCGGCUGCAGCUCGAGCACGUGCCCGCCACCGUCACCGACAUCUUCGGCGCCAGCCAGGACACCCUCUCCACCGCCCUGCAGUGGCUCCUCAUCUUCCUCAUCAGGUAUCCGAAUGUGCAGGCUAAAAUGCAAGAAGAAGUGGAUAGGAUUGUUGGAAGAGAACGUCUGCCAUGUGCUGAAGAUCAGCCUCACUUGCCCUACAUCAUGGCUUUCUUGUAUGAAUCCAUGCGUUUCAGCAGCUUUGUGCCUGUUACUAUCCCACAUGCCACCACAACCAACACCUUCAUAAUGGGCUACCUCAUUCCCAAGGACACAGUGAUUUUUGUUAAUCAAUGGUCAGUGAAUCACGAUCCAGCAAAAUGGUCCAACCCAGAGGAUUUUGAUCCAACAAGGUUCCUGGAUGAGAAUGGAUUCAUCAAUAAAGAUCUUACUAGUAGCGUGAUGAUUUUCUCAUUGGGAAAACGUCGGUGUAUUGGAGAGGAGUUAUCCAAGGUGCAGCUGUUUCUCUUUACCUCCAUACUGGUCCAUCAGUGCAAUUUUACUGCUAAUCCAAACGAGGACCCUAAAAUGGACUUUACCUAUGGGUUGACCAUUAAACCUAAGCCAUUUACCUUGAAUGUUACACUUAGAGAUACUAUGGAUUUGCUUGAUCAGGCUGUCCAAAGACUGCAAGCAGAGAAAGCAGCCAAUGAAAAUCAGCUGUCAGCAAAUGCCUAAGCAACCAACCUUGCAUCUAAAGAUAAUCCCUCUCUCUCUUUUUAGACUUAAAUAAGUUACAGUUUGUUCUGGUGAUCGUUUUGGAAAAUAGCCAAUAUUACAAGUUAGAAGAGCAGGAAGGAAAACUGCACAAGGUAUAAUUCAGUCCUCUUUUUAAUUCUAAAAGGAGAGCCAAGGGAACAAUUUAAUAUAUUAAAUGAUAAGACAUAUGCAAUUUGAAAGUAAGCCUUUUCUAGCUUGUUCACAGAAGUCGCCAUUGUAAAGAGCUUUUUAUCUACUGACUGGUUGGAGCAUCUCCAGGAACUGUUUGUACAAUCCUUUCUAUGUCUCCAUGCGCUAUGCCUUAAGUCUAAGUUCACCUUCAGUGACUCCAUAUCCCAAAGUGAAAUAUCUUAUUAAGAAAAAAAAAAAAAGGAAAAAAAAGGAAGGGUUGCUCAGAACACUGCAGCCUGCCUCUGAAUUCACUCUACUGGAAACUGCGAUAGGCACAUGGCAGCUCCUGCGUUGUGAUUGCCAGGAUGUAUAUUAAUGCCUUAAUAAUAAACUUUCAAAUGAUUUUGGCAAAAUGACAAUGUAAAGUCUUGCCUUUAGCAUUCCAAGGUGUUUUCACAUUCGAAAAUAAAAUUUAUAUUUUAUAUGAGAAUGAACAGAAUAUCCUAAUGUAGUAACUUUUCAUUAAGUUUGGAAAGAUCAGAUUUGAUAUGUCACCAAAUGGCAAAAGGUAAUAUAAACCAUACGCUAAUCUCUUCAUUAGCAUAUUCAUGAACAAAAUAGAUAUUCAAAUUAGAAAAUUUUAUAAAGGUAUAGCUGAACUUUGUAUUUCUCUAGUAAAGAGUUAAUAUCCCUGUCCCUAGGCACAUCGGUAAGUCCAGUAAAAUCCACAUGGGCAAAGGUACUCAGUAGUGAGAAUUUGGGGGUUUUGUAUUAAAACUUUCAUGCUGCAAGCCUCAAGUAAAGCGUACAGCAAAUAUGCCCUUGCUGACUAGCCAUUCUGUUAGGUUGAGUUAAAUGGUAUAUCCAAAAAUCAAUUAUGUACUUUUAGUACAAUUUGCUUGGAACGAAGUCUCAGAAGGAAAACUAACAUUGCAUGUCCCGAUUAAUAUAUCCAUUUAGCUGAAGAAAAAGUAGUUUUAAAAUUUUUGUGAGGCAAAGGACAUAAAAAAACCAAACUCAAACCUAUUAUUUUAAAACACACACAAAACUUUAUGGCCUUGAACUUUUGGCUAAUGUUUGUGUACACAAAGCUGCAUGUAUUUCUCUAAAAAGCAAGCAACCCUAUGUAAAUGCCUGAUUUUGAAAAGUGUUGGGCACUUCUUUGGAGCUGCAGAUCACCUUCAAUUACAUAUGAAAUCCAUCAGAAAUGAGAGUACCUCACAUGACUUGCUGUGUUCAGUCUAGUACUAAGUAAGGUAUUAGUAGAGCUAGAAAAAUAAGGGUGCAAUGCUACACAGUAAAGUAGCUCCACUGAAACCUAAGCAAGUAAAGAUUUGCACUGGGUCUUCUGAUAGAUGGCCAGUCUUAGUCACGUUGGCUGCAGUGACAGAAUUCAUGCUGACGUUGGAAACGGCUGGGUUAAAGACACAAUCCUGAUCUUAAGUAGAAGCUUUGCUACUGAUUUUAAAACAUGAAUCAAGCCUAGAAGUACUGCUCUGUAACCCCACACAGUAGUAAUGUACCUGUUUAAAGUCUCUGACUUCAUAUGGCAUCUAUCUUCCUUUUUUUAGGGCUAAAAAAGCUUUCUGUUUUAUACACAAGGAGUAACCUCAGGUGUUUUUCUGAAUUACGUCCAAGUUUGUGAUAUCCCAGAACUUAGCCUAUACCUGUGAAAAGCUUUAUAAGAUACUCAGCAUUUUCAUAUGGAGAUCUACAUUAGAUCAAAUGCUAGCAAGACAAUUUUCCUUGUACCUUUGUAAGUAUUGCUACUAAAAAAAUAUAAAGGAUGUAACCUACAACUGGAUAGUUAUUCUAACGCAAGGAUCACUGAUUCAUAUUUAAAUAAAAAUGACUUUUGCAAUUUUGUACUCUUCCAAAAGCUUUAAUUAUGCAUUGGCUACUAAUGCAACAUCCAUUCACACUGCUCAUGUCUGUCAGGGGGUCACCCACUAUAUACCUGUUGGUCAAAUAAUGCCUCUUAUAAUCUGUGAAGUUACUCAAAUUUAGUAGCACCCAUUUAGAAUGUAUGCAGUUGUUCAGUGAGCUAACUUUUAUGGUCAUUUUGAGAUGUAUCAUUGCGUUACCAAAAUACUAAAUAAAGUUAUUCUUACACUGCC